CCAUCUGUGUAGCAAAAUGGAUCAUGAAAUAAGAAUUCCUAAUCAGCGUCUUUUAGCAGCAUUAGAUCCACGUGGUGCAGAAUCGAUUAGAUUUCACAGUAAGCACAAGCAAGAAAACAAUAUCGAUCCCGACGAUGGGAAUUCUAGGCUAUGCGUUGCUUGCAUGCAGCCAAUCUUCUCAACUCCAUUCAAAGCGCUGGAGUCGAGAAGCGGCGGCGCCGCUCGCUAUCUGCACGAUCAUUGCAGUGCUCUUCCUAGAGAAUUAGAGGACAACGAUUUGCACCCUUCCUUGGAACCGCUCAGACUGCAGCUCAAUCUCCACAAAAGCCGUUGCUCCAAAUGCAAUGCUGUUUGUGGGGAUGUGUUGUACCGUUGUCGCGACCAACAGUGCGAUUUCCAGCUCGAUAUGAUCUGCGCUCGAACGGUCAAGAUAGUUCACCGAAGCCACGACCACAGGCUGACGGUCAUCCGCUCAGGAGCAGAUGCUUCAUUUGCCUGUGGUGCGUGUGGGACCGAGCAUCGACCGGGUCUGUUGUGGGCCCACCCGACGUUUCUGGUCUAUGUGUGCAAUGCUUGUGGUUUCUGGCUGCAUCCACAUUGCGCUACGUUGCCAAAUGCAAUCCUCCUACACCAACACCUUCAUCCCCUUCUUCUCAAUUACGGUUCCAGAUCGUCAAUGCGUCAGUGUGCGAUUUGUAGAGACGUGGUCGCUAGUUGGGGGGUUUAUUCAUGUACUAAAUGUGAUUACUAUGUCCAUAUCAUGUGCGCCGUCGCAGAUAACCAAAGCUUCAAACCAGUUCUGCUUCGAGAGGCUCGAGUCCCAGACAUGGUUCAUCUUCCGGUUCCAGAUGAAUACACAAGUAUGAUACGACACAUAACAAACAAUACCACAACCACUAGUGACGAUGGAGUACCCCACCAACAUCCACUAACCUUGCACCACAACGAUCCCGAAUACAUUGACGACGUCGAAGAUGGCAAUGACGACGACGUCCAUCCGCUCCCAACCUGCAACGCGUGCGUGCAAUUCAUCUCACCUCCAUUCUACACCUGCUCCGAGUGCCCAAAGCUCUUCCUCCACGACUGCUGUGUGCGUCUCCCGCGCGUGCUGGCUCAAAAUCCAAUUGGCAUUCCUCUCCUCCUCAAAGGCCCAAACAAGUCUUUCAUGACCGUUGCCAAACCAAGCUGCUGCGAUCGCCUCACCAACGGAUUUACGUACUACUUGCAGCUCAGCACAACCACAUUCAGCAUGGAUGUCAAGUGCGCCCUGAUGCCGGCAUCAAUCACGCACGCCGCACACGCCAAGGCACACGUCCUCCGCUCCUCGUAUCUAAUCAAAGCUCAAACCGAAGCGUGUCGUUGCUGUGGUGGAUUCCUGAUCGGCGUCUCCUACAAAUGUGUGACCUGCCGCAAUUUCAGCAUACAUGCCACGUGUGUAUGGCUUCCGGCCACCGUUCGUCACGUGUACGAUCGACAUCCUCUCGAGCUCGUCACUGCCCCGCCUACUCAGGGACGAUCGCAAAUGCUAAUCUGCGAGGUCUGUGAGCGGGGCCUUGACGAUAGGUGGUGGUACUAUGGGUGCAGGGAAUGCGAUCAGGCGUUCCACGUGGACUGUGUGCCGUGCUUGGAUCGGAAAUCUUCUAUCAAGUACGAGAUUACUGAGGUGCGUCUAGAAUCAUGUCAUGAAUGCCCUCUCACUCUCGUUCGAGGUCACAUGGUCCGCGGCCGUCGGUGUGGGCAUUGUGGGGAAGGCUACCGAGAUCGUGAUACUCUCGCGUUGGAGUGUUUCAAAUGUUAUUUUAGCAUCCAUGCUAGUUGUGCCAGAAAAAUUGUCGGGAUACACAAAAAUCCGGAACUCAUCAGAUUUUAUUUAUGAGUAGCAAAUAAUGUAUGUGAAUUGCUUCUGAUCUAAGGAAUAAUGUGGUACCAGUGGUUCUCAGCCAUUACUUCUUUUUA